AUGCCAAAGUACUGUAUAAAAGACCAGUGCGGUUUGCUGUAGAUUUGUGCAUCAGUUUUAGCCAACAUACGGGCCAGAAGCAGAACCAUCACAGAACCAGAAAAGUAUUAAAGGAGAAAUGAAGGUUGCAUUUGCACUGGUUUUGAUAUGCCUGGGCAGUGCGUGGUCAUGCGCUGGAUCCCAGCCUCUUGAUAGCAGCUCACCAAAUGAGAUCCAGAAGUUUAAUCGCCGUUACGCUGAAUCAACCAUUGCGAGUGACAUCAGCAAAAUCGUGGAUUCGAUGGUUCAGAAGAACUUUGUUAACUUUCUGCUCAAUCAGAGGGAGAAGAAAAGCGAACCAACUAUGGAAGACACCCGCAUCUUCAAUGACCUGCUGAAAAAAGAGUUUGUGAUGUGGAUUCAGAGAAAAGGCGAUGCAUUCAAGAAUCAAUAACCUGCCUCUAAAGCGUCUUGAAGAACAGACCGGAUUCAAAAUUGAUUUGAAAUGUUUAGAUAAUCAUUGUAGCCUACUGAGUGUCAUCUAAAUUAUAAUGUCUUAAUUACAAUUAAAUUGAUUUUCAGAAUUAUAAA